AUGGGAAAAAAUUAGCGGGAAUCAAUAAAAACAAGGUUGAGAUAUAAUGAACCUGGUUCUGAUAAUAAAAGAAUUAAUUAUUUUAAACUAAACUAAGGAUAUGAUAUUACAGAAGAUGAUUCAGAAUAUGUAGAUAAUCAAGACUCAUAAAAGGCAAUUAAAAAAAUAAGGAAAUACAAAACUAAUUCAAAAAAAUCAAAAAUGUAAAUUGCUUUAGUUAAUUAGAACAUGUGACAAUUUAGAAGUAUUAUUAUAAUGGAAAAAAUCAAUUAAGUGUUAAUCAUAUGAAACAGAUCAAAGAAGGUAACUAUUAAAAGUAUUAUUUAAGAAUUAUUGUCUUGAAAAAGAUUUUAGGUGCAGAUCUUUCCCAAAAUGCAAAAGGAGUUUAAGGAAUUUUCAUUAAUAAUCUUUUUAGAAAAGAUUUAGUAUUUAUACUUAAUAUUCAAAGAAAAAUUUAGAUCUUUCCAAAAAGGUAAUAUCUAAUGGAAUUUUAUUUAUUUGGUCUGAUAAAGGUCUUAUUAAUGAAAUUCUUGAAAUUAUGGAGAAUAAAGGAUUUACAUAUAUUGAAAAUCUAGUUGUAGUUUAAUUAAGUCUUGAGAAAGCUUUAGAAGAAUUGAAUAAAUAUAUGAAAAUUGAAUAGACUGAAGAAGCUGUCUUAGAUAACCUUAAUUUUUUAUAACAAAAAGUUUAAGUUAAAGAUUUGAUCUUAUAUUGUCCACAAAAAGUCUUAAAUCAAUCCAAAUAAGUUUUAAUAAUGUUUAGAAAAUUUGAUGAAUUAAAAACAUAACUAGAAUUAAGACAUUAAAGAACUCCUGAUGUCUUAUUUGAUUUAGUUAACGAUGGAAAAUAAUCUUAAAAAUCAAAAGAGUAUAUUUAUUAAACAAUUGAGACAUUGCUUCCAAAGUCUUAAUUAAUGGAAAUAUUUGCUCAAAAAGAUCAACCUAGAAAAGGGUGGAUAAGUAUUUGUGAAAAUAAAUGA